AUGGGCCGGCCAGCAGCAGCCCCAGCAACAGCAACAGCAACAACAACAGCCACAAAGUACCCCGGCCUCAGCGCCGACGACGACAACGUGCCGCUCGCAGACCUCAAGCGCUCGUCGGGGCUGGUGCGCCUCCUCCAGACCGAGCGGGCACGGCACGACGCCCAGCUCGCGUUCAACGCUAUCGGCGCAUAUGUGGCCUACCGGACGGGGCAGGACCGGGUGCUGCUCGACGCCUCGCUCGGACGGGUCGAGGCAAUGAUGCCAGAACACGCCGAGGCGUUCACCGCCGUCCGGGCGUACUUCUCCCUCCUUGGGGCCUCGUGCCCGCCCCAAGCGCCGCGCGCGACACAGCAACGCACAACGUUCCGCGUGCCGGCGCGCAUCAACGCGCACCGGCCAUCGAGCUGGAUGCGGAUCCCGUCAGCGAGCCGGCGCGUGCCCUCUGGCUCGCGGUCGAGCUCGUCGUCGUCGGCGUACAGCUCGUCGGCGGGGUCGAGCUCGUCGUCGCGCCCGUCCCCAUCACCGCCCAAAACAUCGCCGACGCCCCCUCCGCAGCCGGUGCUCCCUGCCCCACCGCCCUCGGCACACACGCGCACGCCGCGCACCUGCCCGCAGGCGAUGACGGCCGCACAGCGCAUCGCGGCCGCGUGGCGCCCGCCCCCGCCGCCGGCGUACGCGCGCGUCGACCCCAACCCCGUGGUGCGGGCGGCUGCGUGCGUUAGGGCGUGA